AUGAUAGAAAUUGAUAAUGGGGAGAAAUUCCAAUUUGGAAAUACUUUGAAAAUUAAUAAUCGUAGAAUCACGAUCUUAUCGGGAUUGAUUUCUUUAACGGGAUUGGUUAUGGGAUUUGAAAUAGGCACGGCUAAUCAUUAUUUUAAGUCUGAGGAAUUUAAUCAACAAUAUGUCGAUUUACUGCAGCCAUUGUUAGGGUUCAUAAUAUCAUGUUUUAAUUUAGGUAGUAUAAUUGGAUGCUUAAUAGGAGCUAUUAUAAUUUGGACAAAGUAUGAUCAUGUCAUAAAAUUAGGAUACGUGAUUUAUAUUAUUGGUGCAAUAAUAAAUUUCGUCAAUCAGUUCCAAUUUACCGCUUUAUUGAUAUUAUACCGGGUAAUACUUGGAAUUACCAAUGGGAUAUUUCUCUUGAUUUCUCCAAUUUACAUAACAAAGUUAUCAAUAGAUAAGAACAAACGAGGAUUAAACUUAUCUUUAAUUCAGUUUAACAUUUGUGUUGGGAUUUUGUUCGGAAAUAUUCUAAGCUAUGUUCUUAAUGUCAUAUACCUCCAAUACUUGAUAAAUGUGGUGUUGAUAAUUAUAGCCAUCCUAUCGUUUAUCUUUCUUCCGUCUAUAAUCAAUGAAGAAACCAAUCUUACAAAGUUGAAGAUUUUUUUCCAACCCAUGAGCCUUGAUAAUGAUAAUGGUGUUGAUAAUGAACGUCAAUUGAAUGAAGAAGAAAUAAAAACUUUCGUCGAUUCCAUUAUAGGUGAUAAUAAAUUUGGUGCCUUCCGUUGGAAGAAAUUAAUACUCUGUGUGACAUUGAUGAUAUUUCAACCAUUGACGGGGAUAAACAUUUUCUUCUAUUACAGUCAUUACCUAAUCCAUAAUGAAAAGUUGAUUAUUAUCAUGCCCAUCUUGAAUCUAAUUGGCAGUGUAAUUAUUUUGAAAAUCAUUCAAUUGACUGACAGGAAAAAUAUUCUUAUUUUUGGAUCUUUUGCAUUGUAUUUUUGUUAUUUUGUUUAUAACAUUACGCCCCAAUUCUAUUUGGUAUUCAUCAUAGUAUUGAUCUUUUCAUCGACUUGGGGUCCUUCAAGUAAUAUUCUUAUGAACGAAAUAUCCAAUAUGAACUUACUUAUUUUGGAGGUGUCAAUUAUGACCAAUUUCCUAGUCAAUUUCUUGUUAAUUACAUUUUCGAAUAAUUUCAUAACCAUUGAAGGUUUCACAGGCAGGUUCUCCUUAAUUUCAUUAUUUGAAUUAUCGAUUGUUUGCCUGAUAUUAUUUUCAUAUUUUUUACCAGAAACAAAGGACCUUUCUUUCGAAGAAAUAGAAAAUAUUUUCCAGUGUGCCAAUCCUAAAUAA